AUGUGCACAUCUGUUGACCUACCAGCACAGGCGCGCGUGGACAAUUUGCUUCUUUUGGGCGCAAUCAACUUUCAGCUUCGCAACUUUUCGGAAUCCAUCUUCUACAAUCAACAGGCAAUCCGCAUUGAGCCACAGAUGGCCGAGGCUUACUCAAAUCUGGCAAACGCGCUCAAAGAACUUGGUGAUGUUCGGGGCGCGAUGCAGUUUUAUCUCAAAGCAAUCAAGUGCAAACCAAGAUUUGGCGAUGCGUAUAAUAAUCUAGCAUCGGCACACAUGCAUCUCGGACAGACUAAUGAUGCCAUUGAAACCUUCCAAAUGGGUCUCGUCAUAGACCCUGGACUAGUCGAUGCACACUGUAAUCUUGGGAAUCUAUUCAAGGCACAAGGCAAACUUGCAGCAGCACGCAGGUGUUACCUAGAGGCGAUUCGUCUAAACCCUGGUUUCGCCAUCGCUUGGUCGAAUCUCGCAGGGAUAUUCAAGGACGAGGGCCAACUAUCAACUGCCAUUGCGUACUACCGCGAGGCCAUAAGACUCUGCCCACCCUUUGCUGACGUGUACAGCAACCUUGGUUCCGCAAUGCAGGAGCAGGGAAAUUUCGUCGAGGCAAGACAGUGCUAUCAAACCGCAAUAAGACUCAGGCCUGACUUUGCGAUUGCACAUGGCAACCUUGGCAGCUGCCUUUUGGCAUCCAAUGAUGCAAAAGGCGCGGUCCGUGCCUUGCGACAUGCAGUACAACUCGAGCCCAAUUUCCCAGAUGCAUACAACAACCUUGGUAAUGCGCUCCGUAAAACGUUUAUGCGCGAAGCAAUUUCAUGCUAUCGCACAGCUCUUCACUUGAAACCGGACCACCCACACGCAUAUAGUAACCUCGGCAAUGCGAUGCGAGACCGUGGCCUCGUGCGUGAGGCAAUCCAUUGCAAUGUCACAGCUGCGCGACUAAUGCCCCAUUUCGCACCGGCUCAUGCAAAUCUUGGAUCGCUCCUGCGUGAACAGGGCCAGCUUGAUCAAGCUCUUGCCCACUACCACCAGGCUAUUGCCUUGGAUCCUGACUUUGCUGAAGCAUACACGAAUCUAGGCAAUGCGUUAGACGACGCAAUUAAAUGUUAUACAACAGCUCUCAAGAUUGCGCCUGGUCUCGCAGAAGCUCACGCAGCGCUGGCAGCAGUUCAUGGUGACGGAGGAAAUUAUGAAGACGCAAUUAUGUGUUACGAGCGAGCGCUUGCUCUCAGACCACACUUUCCCGACGCCUUCGCUGGAUUAUUGCAAGCAAAAGACUUCGUGUGCGACUGGACCUCACGCGCUCAUCAUCUUCAAUGUCUUGCCUCACUCCUUGAGGCACAAUUAGUGGCAGAUGUUUCGUGCAUGUCACCGGUAUUCCAUGGACAUCUGCCGUGUGUCCAGCCCUUAGAUGCUCUUUCGCGGUAUGCCGCGCGUGCACGGGCCAAUCUCGCGCUGUCAACAUGCGGUCACUUCCACCACCAUCACCAUGCUUCAUCUUCAGCUACCAGUGGACGUGAGAAGAGCCGUCUUCACAUUGGCUACCUUAGCGCAAAUUUUGGUAAUCACGCAAUCGGUCAUCUCCUAGGACCUCUCCUGAAGUAUCACGACAGAUCACGCUUCUUCGUUACUUGCUACUCGCUGACUCCAUCAGAUGGAAGCUCAUUGCGUUCGAACCUCGAGCAUGGUGUCGAGGGUUCCAUCAAAGAUCUCAGCUCGUUCUCUUCUAGCGACGCCGCAAGACUGAUUCAUGCUGAUGGUGUCCAUAUCCUCGCGCACCUCGAUGGUCACACCGCAAAUGCACGCAACGAAAUUCUUGCAUUACGCCCCGCACCCAUUCAAGUCGGCUUCAUCCUUGGUUUCCCUGGAACUUUUGGUGCAGAUUAUAUUGAUUAUCUUGUCCUGGACCGCAUUGUUCUUGGUCCCCUUGAGCCAGCGAGAAAAGCUGGGACAUCACACGAUAUCGACGAGUGUGCGCUCAUCCUACCCAAUUCAUGUAUACUUAACUGUCACGCUCUGGAAUAUGAUGACCUUUUUGAGAAUCCAGGCGCCCGGCCAGGCCGUUCAAAGUACGGUCUUCCUGAGGAUGCAUUUAUUUUCGCGUAUUUUGGGCAACUCAACAAGGUGGACCCUAUAGCUUACGGGGUAUGGAUGAGCAUUCUCAAGCGUGUUCCAAACUCCAUACUCUUGUUGAUAAAGAGUCCAGAAAGCGCCGUGGUUCAUUUGAAGAAGGCGGCACGUGAUCUUCAAGUUCACGAACAGCGUCUGAUCUUUAUGGACUCUGCUCCCAAACGCGAACACAUUCUUCGUGGUGUCCUUGCUGACCUUCUCCUAGACACUCCUGCUUGUAAUGCCUUUGAUGCUACAAUGGACGCUUUAUGGACUGGCACACCAGUGAUCACCCUCCUCGGAAACUCCAUUGCCACACGCGCCUCAGCUAGUUUGUGCACGGCGGUCGGGUGUCCAGAUCUUGUUACUUCAACCCUUGAUGAAUACGAGGACCUCGCUGUUUCUCUCGCUCUCGAUGCUGACAAGUACUGGCUCUUCCGUCAAAAGCUCGAGCAUGCUCGCAGAGGACCAGUAUACGCACCAUUAUAUGACUGCAAGGCUACACUCAAACAUCUCGAAGCUGGCUUCGAGGCGAUUUGGGGUAAAGUCAUAGAUCAUCAGCCUCCUGGAGACAUCAUUAUAUCCUAGCUUACAAAACAAAGACCAAGAGGCACUCCGCGUGUAACAAAGGCCAUGGCGGCAUUGUUUUAGCCCCAUAAAGUGCAUUGAGCUGACCGCAAGGUCCAGACACGCUGCGAUGACCUUCCAAGAAUUGAUGGCUUCGCAAACUAGGAGAACAACACACUCUAAGGGUGCGCCCAGUGAGCCGCCCAUAGUUUGAUUUUCGCUUGAAUGUGCACAUGAGGCUCGCUUGAAUGUAUACUCGAGUCCAGUGGUUAUAUCGGGCUUGUUUAUUAGCUUGAUAUACGAGGACAUGGCAUCCUCCUUCUUCUUUCUUGUGCAUGUUAGCUAGUGACCGGGGACUCCUCGGUGGCUGUAGAGAGCCCGGAAAGUUAUUUACCUUGGUUAACGUCACCGUCGCUGUUAUUGCAAAGAAUGCAGACUUGCCUUACUGCAAAUCUCUCCCUCUCUUUGUUUCCCAAUGACUAUACUACAGUACAGUACGCUACUCGGCUACUAUCCUACUACCUUCACAUUAAUACAAUACUUACCCUA